GGUGGGAGCUUGCGCGACCGUCUCCAAUCAGGCCUUAGAAUCUGUCCAUCUGCUGCUGCCCGCAUCGCGCUCUUCCUGACAGACUGCGAGGUUUUAUGCAGCACCGGCCUUACGAUGUCGGCGGUGAUGUCGAUUUGCCACAGCAAGGUCGAGGAAAGACCUCGGCCCCGGCGCACAGAAGGAACGCAGCAGCUGGCCAAGGAGGACGUGCGGCCGAAGAUCGCAGGAGCCGUGGUUACGAGUCGGCCACGCGCUCCCAAGGCCGCGAAGUUGUACCAGCGCCAGCGUGCGCGCUGGCCGCGGGGAUGCCUGAACAGGUCAUGCACGGUGCAGGAGGAGGCCGAG